AUGAACUACACAAAUCUACCAUACGGUGUCCCCAACGGACACUUCCCCGACCCGAUGAACGACCACACGCUCCAUCUGGAGGCCGGCUUCCCGAACGAUGAAGACUUUCUCAACGAUGGCUUGAUGAGCGGGCUGGACCUAGACGUGUUGCAAUUGUUGAACUCGCAGAGCCAUGGAAUGGGGAAGUUACCAUCAAACGAGGGCAACAUAUUUCCCACACUGGAGAUGAUGGGAGUCGCAAGUGCCGACUCGGGUAAAUACCAUCAUCAGCAACCACCACCACCACUUUUCACAGACCUCCCCACCUUUCCAAAUGAGCAGGGCUUGAACGACCUACUACAAUCAGCCUCCCCGCUAGCUGCCGAGCGUGCGUUGUUCAUGAGCACCGCCACCAAUCCUAACAUCGACGGCAGCAACAACAAUACGGGUAGCCCCACAGCACAAGUACAGUCGCACACGACGCUACACCACUCCCCGCCUCCUCUUCUCGCGUUUGACGAUCUCGACCCCUGCAGCUCCCCCGACACAAGCCAUUUCUCGUACCCUGGUUACGACGACAUUUAUUACGGUGUUCCCGGCGAGCCGUUUCCCAUGUCGGAUGUGGCCGUUGCUUCGCUUUCUAAUUCCCAGUCUCUGGGUCAUCCGCUACUGCCGGCUCAAAGUAAUGCCAACAACAACAACAACAACAACGAUAACCUUCUCGAAAUGCCAGACGGAAGCACCCGUCUAACAGCGAACUGGCUCCCCGUUGACCCCGAGGUCGGGUUCACGAUCGACGUCCCGCGAUAUGCCCGCAAAGCUGGUGCUUGA